AUGGGUAACAAAAAAGAAAACAGAACUUACAACUACACGCCAAAUCGAAACACGCGUUAAGCGGCAAUUGGUGCUGGAAGAUGGCAAAGUUGUGGAGGAUUCAGGACCAAUUGUCUCAACGAAUACAACGGAAGAUACUGAUAAACAGGAAACGGAAACAACAGAGAAACGCGAUUUAGGUAUACCCAUCGAUGGCGUUGCGGUGGAGGCCAAUAGCGGUGCAUUAGAGGCGCCUUCUGACACCGUUGACGGCCAAAUGGCUCUGCAGCCAGCUGAUCAAGCAAAGAGUAUUAAGAAAAUGGUGCCACGCCCUGCAGAUGGACUAGUGCGCGAUUCGAAUGAAAAGCGCGUGGUCUCACAUGAAGAAGUCAAGGAUUAUCUUGAAACGGAGGAUGUGCGGAACUUGGGAGAUUUCUCAGAUGAGACUUACGUGAAGGCAGUCAAUAGCGGCGUUGAGAAUCUACAAGAAGUUUUACUAGCAGCGGAAGAUCAUAAGCAACUUGUGCCAUUGGGUCCACGCAUUAUCGCCAAUACGACCAAGUCUUUUAAAACUAUCGAUUCGGAAGAUAUUGAGAAGCGUUGCCUACUGCAAGCUGAUGGUAAACUUGUUACAGAGAGCAAGAAAACAACUGAGCACGAAGUAAUUGUAGACCGUGAACUGCCCGAAGAAGACGAUCAUUCAACGGGAAGUCGUGAGAAAAUCGAAACUGUGGAAGCUACACAGCGCCUCUACAAGCAACGUGACGAGCAAUACGUCGAUAGGGUUGUUGAUGGCAAAGUGGUUAAUACCGAAAUGAGAUACGCUGCCGAGACAAUGCAAAUCGAAAAGGAUGGCUCAUUGGAACGACCCGGCGAUUGGGAUAGUUUAUCGGAUCGUAUGCGAAAAUUGCGACGUCCGCAUCCGAAGAGUGCAUUGCAGCCGCACAAGGAAGCCACCCUACUGGCCGACCGCAAAGAUGCAUUAACUAAACGACCGCUGGACUUUGAUCGUGAGGAGGAAACACGUAAGGGUGAAACGAUUAAGUGGUUAGAAUCACAUUUCGGUAGUGAAUCGACUGCCUCAAAUGAUUCACGAGAAGAUGACGCAGUCGGCGGUGUUGUUGGUGGCGGCAGCGGCGACAUAGAACCAACCAAGAAAACCUUCUUCAAUGUUACUAUUAAAUCAAAUCAAACACAGGCACCGACACCGACACCGCUGACCAACGGCCAUAGAGCGACCGCGAACAACACCUUUGAACGCAAGCAGCCGAAAGACCAUAUUCUGGAGGCUCACCCAAGUGGACCAGCCGGUCGUUCCAAGUACUAUCAGGGCAUUUCGAAUUGGACCGAACGCAAAGAGCCGCCUGUUAAUCACUUCGCCACAAAAGCAUUUCGCGAGGAUCUGCAAGAGACUGUCGAACGCAAUCGUUUGCGGCGUAGUGACGUCCAUAAUGGACGAGAUAAACAGCAGGAGAAUCAUUAUUUGGUGGAGUCUAGCGACAACUAUGUAAGCCGCGAAGAUAUUCUGCACCAGAAGCAGCGACAAAGUUUAUCAUCACAGUUUCUGGCAAAGACUAUUCGCAAUUCGCGUGACAGACUCGAUGAGUUGGAUGUGCCGGCGUUGUGUACUGCAAAGACGAGUCGAGAAAUGGGUGUACGUCAUGUGAGCGGUUCACGUGGUGACCUUAGAUACAGUGGACUGAAUGUUGGAGGCGACUUGGACCACAACAAACGAACUUACGUGCCUACUAAACAACAAAGUCAGGAGCGCGAUUUAGAAAUGCGACACUCAGGGGAUUUCGCACCUAGUCCAGUAAAAAAGUACGAGCUAGGCGAGUUGCGUAGCCGUAGCUACGAACGCACAUUGGACGAUACAACACGCGUGGGCUAUGAGCUACACAACUCGAAUUCACUCAAACCCAUGCUUGCGGAGCCACGUGCAAUUUCGCCCGAUCGCGAGCUAUUUCAAACCAGCACAUUAGGUCGACCUACGGUGCCACAACGUCGACGUGCUAUCGAGAAAAAGCUACGGCAGCAACAUAGCGCCUCACCGCCACCGCCACACAAAGUGCCAUUAGAGCGUCAACAUGCGCAUAGCCAACGAAAUCUGUUGGAACCGCCGCCUGAUUACUCACCACCGCCGCGCAGUCGCUCCUCAUCGCCGCAGGUAGAAUAUGUGAAUGGCGUGCGUAAUCAUCGCAACUAUCGUAACAACGUCGCUGAUAGUACAGCCAUCAGCUAUGGACCACCCAAUCAGGCGUAUGUGCAGAGCAGUACGCUUACACGAAAGCAAAAUCAACGGACACGAUUCGCGCCAACAACGCCACACGAGCAACCACACUCGCAAGCCUAUUUGCGUCCUGUCAUGGCGACACAAACAACGCAAACAACAGCCUCCACUAUUUCCAACUCGACCGUCGCCUCACACAAGUCAAGCAGAAUGGGUCAAGUGAUAGGAAAUUCGUUACGCAAGCUCGUCAAUAAGAUACGCUCGGCAAGCGCAGAACGUAAAAUGCGCAUGAAGUCGCGCAGUAAGUCCCGUGAACAGUCGCCAUCACCACAAGCCAUCGAUAAGAUGGGCGGCCAACAAACCACCUAUCAGCAAUAUAAUCUCAUAGAUAGUCAUAUUGGCGGUCAGGGAGGCAGCAAUGAGUCCGAGUUGGAGAGCAUGCCAAACGAAACGACACAGACGCAUAAAAGCUAUGGGCAUGCGACGCCUUUGGAGCGCAAUGGGCAACCGCCAACACAACUUAAACGUGCCAAUUCAGCAGAUCCUUACGCUAACGAACGGGAGACGGGCGAACGUGGACCGAGUCCUAGGCAGCGUUACUACUUGGGUGAAGAUCCAUACUCGAGCACUUUGUAUGGCAAGGAAAAUAUGUACGGGCCAGGUUCUGUGGGGAAACGUAAAACCUUAGCUGGACGAGAGAGUGCAGAUCCCGGAUAUGUGGGCAGGCUUGAGCGGACAAAUCGCGAGGCAAGUGCGACGAACCGGCGUGAUGAAGGGGACUACUACAAGCAGAGAAACGUUACGACCAGCACCUUGGGCCGAUAUCAACGCACAGGUCAGAACUUCGCUGCUUCAACGCCCAAUUUAAAUCAGGACUAUCGCACUACCCAAACAUUGCCACGCAAAUUGCAGGAUCAUCAUCAGCAGCAACCGCACCAACAGCCACAUACUCAGCCCUCGCAUGCCGCGCAAUCGUCUGGCUAUCAGAGAUCUGGGCAACGUCUGGUAUCAAGCGGCUAUAGCACUCUGGGACAUCCUGAGCAACGAGCACAAUACCAACAACAACACCAGCAGCAGCAGCAACAAGAACAACAACAGCAGCAAAGAAUGCAACAACAACACACAACUACUGUAACGGCCGUUGGUCCAGCAAAACCUGCACGCACCUACGCCAAAGCGCUCAAUCGCAGCAAAAGCUUCAACGUCCAUGCCAUGAAUGGCAGUCACGACCCCAGUCCCAUUUACAUUGAAAAGCUAACAAAAAAUAAUUACACCAACAAUUACAACAGUCACAAUACAAGCAAUCUGUACGCCAGUCAAGCCUACAAAUCGAACCCGCACCUCUACAGCGGUCCGUCAAAGGAAAAUUCGCUGCAGAGUGGACUGAAAAGCCCCUCAAUUGUGAAUUUAAUUAGCCGCAGUCAAAAGGAUUUAACUAAAAUUGAUAGCUUGGAGGGAGAGCAUGUCGAUACGUUGGAUAAGAAGCAAGCAUUUAUGCGCGGAUUGCAUCAACAAGCGCCAGAUUUGUAUAAGACGUUGCAUGGCGAUGAAAGUUACCGUCACAGCACGCCCAACAAAUACCACCAGCUGCGCCACUCCACAUCACUGGAGCCACGUUCGCCCAUUGAGAUUAACAAGGACACAGCGAGCAUAGUGCGUAGAGACAGCUCAAGUAAUGACGGGUAUGUGCUGAAUACGUAUAGCAAUAAAACAACAAUGGAGAGUGCAACAGCCAAUAGACGAAUACUCUAUAAGGACGAGCAAAGGCGUCGUACACCAGGUGGGGCCACAAUAAUAUCCGUACGUAAUGUGGAAGGUGAAAAAUGAUUGCUUGAUCAAAGGUGAUAGUGGAAAUGAGAAAAUUGGAAAGUCAGCUAGACAAUACUUACAAAAUGUAAAUACAAACAUAUUAGGCGAUAGGAUAAUGGAAAAGAAGAACUCCAGCGCACUAGUUAGAUGAAAAAUCGCGUAUC